ACGCGCUGGUCCAUUACAUCACCAACUGCAGCUACUUCGGCUUGAUCCUCCUCGCCAACAUGCUGGUGCUCGGGGCGGUCGUCUGGAAGCUGUGCGGCCUGAGGAGAACCACAGCGGGGAAGGAGGCGAAAAUAGAGGCCUGGAAGGGGGGCCUGACGGUGCUAGGCCUCUCCUGUCUACUGGGAGCCACCUGGGGGCUGGCCUUCUUCACCUACGGCACCAUGUCCGUGCCGGCCCUGUACCUCUUCACCGUGCUGAACUCUCUGCAAGGCCUCUUCAUCUUCAUCUGGUUCGCGGUCCUCUACUACCCCAAGAGGGACACAGCCGCCGCCUCCUUCGGCACCGGCAGGAACGAGAAAGUCACCACCGCGUCCCACAGCUAGCCGGGGGCCCUCCGGCUGCCAGGCCGAGGCAGCCCGCGGAGAAGCAUUUUCCCAGUGGCCAGCUGCGCCAGCGGGAGAGCGCCGCCAGGCCCCGUGCCCCCUUGCGGGAGUUGGGUGCCUCCCUUUGAGCCUGAUGCCCGGCGCGAGGAGAUGCAUCGUGCCUCCUUCACAGAAGGGUGAACGGGGCCAUGGAGGGGCCCAAGUUCCUUGCCCAAGGCUACCUAGCUACAGCUCAGUUUGCCCCACUGGUCUGCCCUAGGAGCAACUCUUAACUCUGCCUGGUUAGGGGGCUGGGAGGACCUGAAGCCAGAGCCUAGAGCCCUGGCGUGUCUCAGGCCCCCAGCGGACAUCCUGGCCAACCUGCCCAGCUUGCUUGGGGUCUCCCACACGCCCCUCAUCCGCUUGGGCCAAGUGCUACAAAGGCCCUGAGGGCCCACACCCCUUGGGCGUUGCUUUCUAAGGCGCUCUCGUAGCCAUCAGGGCUUCGGCUUCUGGGCACGUGGGACUGGAGCUCUGCAGCAGCCCCCCUUUGUUAAGGCAGAAGAGGACCGGGAGUUAGGAACUGAGCCAGCAGGGAAAAUGUUCAAGUAUCACCCCCCAUCCGAUAGAUCUUAGAGUCACUACAGGGUCAGGGCUGGCGUUGAACUGAACUGCAGUGAGAGCCUUGUGCAGAUAUAUUUGUAGCUGCGGAAACAAGCUAGGCUAUCCACAUCGCCUCCCACGGAUAGGGAUACCCAGAGGGAUACCCAGGGUGGUAUAGCCCUCCAACGACAGCGCAUAAUGCACCGAGGGAGUCCGUCUGCACGAGGUAUCCAUGGGAACCAGCAGGUUCCUGGGAACUGGCCCCCUAGAGCAGUGUUUCCCAACCUUUUUUUUUUAAUAUAUAAAGGACCCCUUUUUC